GUUUCCUGUCACGCGCGUGCGUGGUGGGCCUCAGAGUCGCCAUGCCGGAACCGCGCGGGUCGUCGCCUCUGCGGGUGAACAAGGCUUUUGCGGCGCGGUAUGGCCGCUACCGGGAGCGCGAGGAGCUGCAACGGCUGAAGGAUCGCUAUGGGGACCCGCACGGCGGCAGCGACUCCAGCUCCGAGUCUGACUCCAGCGACGAACGCGUGGAAUUUGACCCCCAGCAGGAGCGAGACUUUUACAGGACACUCUCCCUGUUGAAGAAGAAGGACCCCCGCAUUUAUCAGAAAGAUGCCACCUUCUAUCAGAGAACAGGGUCCACAGAGUCACCCUCAUCCUCGGAGAAUGAGGAGGAGUCAGCAGCCCCACAGAAGCGGAAGAAAGUGCAACCUAUGUACUUGAAAGACUACGAGAGGAAGGUCAUCUUGGAGAAAGGCGGCAAGUACGUCGAUGAGGAGAACUCAGAUGGGGAGACCUCUGAUCAGAGAGUCCAGCAGACUUCGUCUCAGAGUUAUGUGGAGGAACAGAAGCAGCUUAGGGACAGCUUCCGGCCAUUUGUGGAGGACAGCGAGGACGAGGACAGUGCUGGAGAAGGUGGCUCGGGCUUGCUGCAGAAGCGCAGGAAGACCAGGGAGGAGAAGGACCAGGAGGAUGCUGACUACGUGGAGUGGCUGAAGGGACAGAAGGAGAUUCAGAACCGCAAGUCCCUGAAGGAACUGAUGCAUCUCAAGGAAUAUUGGGACAACCCGGAGCUGGACGAAGGGGAGCAAUUUCUGCGGGAUUAUAUCCUCAACAAGCGCUACGAGGAGGAGGGCAGUGAGGAGGAGGGCGAUGAGGAGGAGGAAGAGGAAGAGGAGGAGGAAGGGGUCCCUGGUCCCCCAGUCCAGGUGGCCGUGGACGACUCCUCUGACGAGGGGGAGCUAUUCCUGAAGAAGCAGGAGGACUUCGAGCAUAAGUACAACUUCCGCUUCGAGGAGCCGGAUGCAGCCUUGGUCAAGACCUACCCACGCAGCAUUGCGUCCUCCAUGCGCCGCAGAGAUGAGCGCAGGAAAGAGAAGAGGGAGGAGACCAGGGAGCGGAAGAAGAGGGAGAAGGCCAGGAAGCAGGAGGAGCUGAAGCAGUUAAAGAACCUGAAGAGGAAGGAGAUUCUGGCCAAGCUGGAAAAGCUGCGACAAGUCACUGGCAACGAGACGCUGGGCCUGGAGGAGCAGGACCUCGAGGGUGACUUUGACCCCAUCCAGCAUGAGCAGCUGAUGCAGAAAUGCCUAGGCCAUGACUUCUACAGUGCCGAGGAGGAGGAGAAGCCGCAGUUUGAGGAGGAGGACGGGCUUGAAGAGGACUGGAACUGGGACACGUGGGGUGGGCCGGAGCAGGACGGAGCAUGGAACCAGCAGGAGCCACACUGUGAGGACCCUAAUUUCAAUAUGGAUGCAGACUAUGACCCCAGCCAGCCUCGGAAAAAGUGGCUCGAGGCCCCCUCCACCGGCAGGAAGAAGCGCAAGUCGCUCUUUGCGUCAGCCGUGGGCCAGCAGAAGCCCGUGUUCGACCCUGGGGACAAGACCUUUGAGGAGUACCUGGAUGAGUACUACCGGCUGGACUAUGAGGACAUCAUCGAUGACCUGCCCUGUCGCUUCAAGUACCGCAGUGUGGUACCCUGUGACUUCGGGCUCAGCACCGAGGAGGUUGGGCCCCAGAUCCUGGGUGCUGAUGACAAGGAGCUGAACCGAUGGUGUUCCCUGAAGAAGACCUGCAUGUACAGGUCGGAGCAGGAGGAGCUGCAGGACAAGCGGUCAUACAGCCAGAAGGCCCAGAACUCCCGGAAGAAGCGGCAGAUCUUCAAGUCGCUCUGCCCAGAGGAGACAGAGACAGCCACAGAAGACACCGGGGAACUGCAGAGACACCCAGCUGGCCCACAAGAGCAGCUGGUGGUGCCUGAUGGAGGCCGUGGGAAGCAGUCCCAGCCCGAAAGCCCCCUGGCACAGGAAGAUGAGGCCCCUAUGUCACCUCACAAGACACCAGCCCCCCAGAAGCGGAGGAGGGGCAAGAAGGCACAUUUGCUGGGCCCCACUGUGACACUCGGUGGCCGAGAGUUCAGCCGCCAGAGACUCCAGGCGUUUGGCCUCAACCCCAAGCGGCUCCACUUUCGCCAGCUGGGCCGGCAGCGCAGGAAGCAGCCGGGACCCAAGAGCCGUCCCUGAGGACAGGACAGUGGGCGCACAUGUCCCUGGGUUCCUGGUAGCAGUCCCGUCCUCCUGGCACCUGUGUUUCAUUGGCUCUGAGGCCCGCUUGACAGACAUCCCCUUGAGGCACCCUGGAAUCCUAGCCACAGCUACAGUCAAGUUCAACAGCUUUAUUACCCCCCAGCAGCCAGUCUCCCCGCACCGGGACUUGGGGACAGUGAAGGGCGUGGCCAAUCCAGUGCAAACUACAGUACGUGAGUCAGGCCCUGAGUGGGUGCCCGGGUGUCCUCCCUGCCCCCUGCCCUGUGAGAGGACCCAGGAGGGUGCAGCUGGCAGGUGGUGGCCCCUGGAUAAGCAGCCCCAGUCCUGCCUGCGGUCUGACAGACUGGUCUCGGGUGGUGGAGAGGGUAAGGGUGAGAAACUCUGUCACCUCCUGAGUUCUAGGCCCCCUCCUCCCCCAGGAUGACAUAAAUAAAAAAAUAAAUAGUCUCACAUCUUU